AUGGCAGACGCAAGUCCAAAAACCCCGUCUACCUCCUAUGCGGCUAUUCUUUCUGAUAACUCACCCCUUAACUUUGUAAUAGAUGACCUGCCAACUCCUUUUGAGGAGGAGGGUUUGGUUUCCAUUCGAAUCUCUGAGGAACCUUUUCGUCGAGGGAUGGAGAGAUGCAAAACGAAUUUGGUAGGUCGCGUAACCGCUCCUAUCAGAACACCGGAUCUUGUUCAACAACUUAGAAAGUGUUGGUCAUCCUUGGGAGAAUGGACUGUUGCGCCUCUGGGCAGGGGUUUUUUCAUGCUCCAAUUUAAAACCCUAGCUGAUAUGCAACAACUCUGGUCUAUGGGAUCACUACGUCUUCAAACUGGGAUGCUCAGGCUCAUCAAGUGGUCGCCGAGCUUCUCGCCAUCGACCUACAGGAACACGUUUGGGCAGGUUUGGGUCCGAUUUUGGGACUUGGGGUUUGCUUUCUGGGAUCAUCAAACCCUAUUCGAAAUUGCUGCUGGCAUUGGCACGCCAUUGAAACUGGAUCCCCGUACAAAGAACCGCACUGUUGGCAUGUAUGCUAGAAUCCUUGUAGAUGUUGAUUUCUCGCAAACUCCCCUGGAUAAACUCAGAAUCACUAGAGCGAAUGGUGAAGUUGUGGUUGUUGGGGUUGAGUUGGAGUCUGUGCCUCAUGUUUGCAGCAGAUGUGGGAUUAUUGGUCAUAUUGCUGCUUCGUGUAGAUCAAUGUCUUUGGAGGAAGAAAGGCUUGCUGAUACAGUUGAUCGGGGUCGUUCAACCGAGCGCUCCGGGUCAAAGAAACGUAACGCAAGAAGGUCGCGCAGGAGUAGACGUCCAUUUGCACAGGCGAAGGCUGAGGUACGCGAUCGGAACAUUGUGCAGUCCUCAAAACUAGACGAUGUCCCUGAGCGUGGCUUUGAACAUGUGUGUGACUCAGAGCCUUUGCUAUCUGCAAUGGCUGCGGACGUUGCUGCAACCGGUGCCCAACAGAAUGAUACCCUAGCCAUUAUGCAUGAUCCAAUGAUGGUGCAUGUGCCAGCUGUGGAGCCAGUGAUUGAGCAUACCACGGUACAGGAUGCUGCAGUUGGUUUGGGGGCAAUUGAACAGAUAGGGAGGAGUGAUGCCUAUGGCUCUUCUAUGCUAGGGCAAAAGCAUUCAGAGUUAUUCCAACAGGUGUCCAACUCCUCUUCUGAGAGUGUACCUCCUGGGUUUCCUAGAUUGAAAGACGUGAUGGAGGAGCCAUCUCAAUGCUCCAACACUCCACCAUAUGAUCCUACCAAGAUUGUCGAUCAAGUCCAGGAGGAUGAUGUGGAAGAAGGUGAAUUCACUCCUGUGAUUUCCAAAAAGACAAAGAGGCUUAACAAGCAAUCUGUCAAAGCAAAGGAAAAGUUUAUGCAACGCAAACCUGUAACAAGCCAGGCUCUCCUGAAUAAGGGAGCCAAACAUAUCUCUUUUUAA